UUCAGGGAGUUCUUUUUGUUUCUAGUUGCGGCCCUCUUGUUAAUUUCUCUAGCGGUUGCUAACGCCCCGGCAAAUCAGAGACAGACCUUAACUAUCCACGAAGGAUCCAGACGGUUCCCUGCCUCCGUCCUGGUGCCAGAGUUUGUGGCUGGCUUUUUUUGGGCUACGCUGGGCAGGCCACGGAGACCCUAUGCUCAUAGCGGUGCUCGCGCGGGGCAGGUUGGGGCCACGCCGCUCCGCAAGCAGGCCUUAACUAAGGUUAAAAGGCUAAGUCCCGUGUCCCUUCCAGCUCCACUCUUGCAAAGCCCGGGAGCCCGAAGUCAUCCCGCGUUCCUCGGGCUUGGAGGCCCCGGCCCGGGCGCGCGUCCGACACAGCGGAGGUCCCCUAGCGCCCCCUACAGCCACGCGCGGGGUGAGACGGCGCAGGGUCCUGUUCCUCCGCACCACGCCCGGGACCCCACCCAGCGGCGGGCGCCCCGAGACCGCGCGAGCGCCCGCACCUCCCGGCUGCAGAAACGGAUCGUGGGGCCCGGCGGGCGUGCUGCAUCCCAGAUCAACUCAGAUUGCUCCGCCCGCGGCGGCCCGACUUCCCCUCCCUUCCUCUGUCCCUCCCUUCCUCCCUCCCUCCUUCCCUCCCGCCCGCCGGCGCCGGACACGCCGCACUUCUCUUGGGGCGCUCUUCCCCUUGGCCGACCGUCUCAUCCCGCGCAACUUUGGGACAGCGGCCUUUUGGUGUUGAAUGUUCCCCUCCGAGAGCGCAUGGCUGGGGAAGCGAGGUGCUGGCCGGGUCCCCGAGGGGCCGCCGUCCGGGAGGCGGUGUUGCUGCCGCUGCUGCUGCUGUGCCUGGGCGUCCCGACCGGGCGCCCCUACAACGUGGACACCGAGAGCGCGCUGCUCUACCAGGGCCCCCCCAACACCCUGUUCGGUUAUUCGGUGGUGCUGCACAGCCACGGGGCGAACCGAUGGCUCGUAGUGGGGGCGCCCACCGCCAGCUGGCUCGCCAACGCUUCAGUGGUCAAUCCUGGCGCGAUUUACAGAUGCAAGAUCGGAGAGAAUCCAGACCUGACGUGCGAACAGCUCCAGCUGGGUAGCCCUACUGGAGAACCUUGUGGAAAGACAUGUCUGGAAGAAAGAGACAAUCAGUGGUUGGGGGUCACACUUUCCAGACAGCCAGGAGAAAAUGGCUCCAUCGUGGCUUGUGGGCAUAGAUGGAAAAAUAUAUUUUAUAUAAAGAAUGAAAAUAAGCUCCCUACGGGUGUUUGCUAUGGAAUGCCCCCUGAUUUACGAACAGAACUGAGCAAAAGAAUAGCUCCGUGUUAUCAAGAUUAUGUGAGAAAAUUUGGAGAAAAUUUUGCAUCAUGUCAAGCUGGAAUAUCUAGUUUUUACACUGAGGAUUUAAUUGUGAUGGGAGCCCCAGGAUCAUCUUAUUGGACUGGCUCUCUUUUUGUCUACAAUAUAACUACAAAUAAGUACAAGGCUUUUUUAGACAAAGAUAAUGAAGUAAAAUUUGGAAGUUAUUUAGGCUACUCCGUUGGAGCUGGUCAUUUUCGGAGUCCGCAUACUACCGAAGUAGUUGGAGGAGCCCCUCAACAUGAACAGAUUGGUAAAGCAUACAUAUUCAGCAUCGAGGCCAGAGAACUAAACAUCUUACAUGAAAUGAAAGGUAAAAAGCUUGGCUCCUAUUUUGGAGCUUCUGUCUGUGCCGUGGACCUCAACGCAGACGGCUUCUCAGACCUCCUCGUGGGAGCUCCCAUGCAGAGCAUCAUCAGGGAGGAAGGCAGAGUGUUUGUGUAUAUCAACUCUGGCUCAGGAGCAGUAAUGAACGAAAUGGAAACAGAGCUCCUUGGAAGUGACAAAUAUGCUGCAAGAUUUGGGGAAUCUAUUGUUAAUCUUGGAGACCUUGAUAAUGAUGGCUUUGAAGAUGUUGCAAUUGGAGCUCCACAGGAAGAUGGCUUGAGAGGUGCUAUUUAUAUUUACAACGGCCGAGCAGAUGGGGUCUCACCAACGUUCUCACAGAGAAUUGAGGGACUUCAAAUCAGCCAAUCAUUAAGUAUGUUUGGACAGUCUAUAUCUGGACAAAUUGAUGCAGAUAAUAAUGGAUAUGUAGAUGUGGCAGUUGGUGCUUUUCGGUCUGAUUCUGCUGUGCUGCUGAGGACAAGACCCGUAGUGAUUGUUGAAGCUUCUUUAAAACAUCCUGAGUCAGUAAAUAGAACAAAUUUUGACUGUGUUGAAAAUGGAUUGCCUUCUGUGUGCAUGGAUCUAACACUCUGUUUCUCAUACAAGGGCAAAGAGGUUCCAGGUUAUAUUGUUUUGUUCUAUAACAUGAGUCUGGAUGUGAACCGGAAGAUAGAAUCUCCAUCAAGAUUUUACUUUUCUUCUAAUGGAACAUCUGAUGUGAUUACAAGCAGCAUGAAAGUGUCAAGCAAAGUAGCUAACUGCAGAACACAUCAAGCAUUUAUGCGGAAAGAUGUGCGGGACAUCCUCACCCCAAUUCAGAUUGAAGCUGCUUACCACCUUGGGCAUCACGUCAUCAGUAAACGAAGUACAGAGGAAUUCCCCCCACUUCAACCAAUUCUUCAGCAAAAGAAAGAAAAAGACAGAAUUGAAAAAACGAUAAAUUUUGCAAGAUUUUGUGCCCACCAAAAUUGCUCUGCUGACUUACAGGUUUCUGGGAGAAUUGGAUUUUUUAAGCCACAUGAAAAUAAGACCUAUCUUGCUGUUGGAAGUAUGAAGACCUUGAUGUUGAACGUGUCCUUGUUUAAUGCUGGAGAUGAUGCGUACGAAACGACUCUGCACAUCAGACUCCCCUCCGGUCUUUACUUCGUUAAGAUUUUAGAUCUGGAAGAGAAACAAAUAAACUGUGAAGUAACAGACAGUGCUGGCUUAGUGAAACUCGACUGCAGUGUUGGAUAUAUAUAUGUAGAUCACCUAUCAAGGAUAGAUAUUAGCUUUCUCUUGGAUGGGAGCUCACUCAGCAGAGCAGAAGAGGAUCUCAACAUCACAGUGCAUGCCACCUGUGCAAAUGAAGGAGAAAUGGACAAUCUGAAGCGUAACAAAGUGACUUUAGCAAUACCUCUCAAGUAUGAAGUCAUGCUAUCUGUUCAUGGGUUUGUAAACCCAACUUCAUUUGUGUAUGGACCAAAGGAAGAAAAUGAGCCUGAAACAUGCAUGUCAGAAAAAAUGAACUUCACUUUUCAUGUUAUCAACACUGGCCAUAGCAUGGCUCCAAAUGUUAGUGUGGAAAUAAUGGUACCAAAUUCUUUUGCCCCCCAAACUGAUAAGCUGUUCAACCUUUUGGAUGUCCAGACUACUGCUGGAGAUUGCCAUUUUAAAAGUUAUCAAAGAAAGUGUGCAUUAGAGCAGGAUAAAGGUCCACUGGAGACCCUGAAAGACAUUUUCAGAUUCUUGUCAAAGACUGAUAAGAAGCUAUUGUUCUGCAUAAAAGCUGAUCCAUACUGUUUAAGUCUUUUAUGUAAUUUUGGGAAUAUGGAAAGUGGAAAAGAAGCCAGUGUUCACAUGCAGUUGGAAGGCCGCCCAUCUCUUUCAGAAAUGGAUGAGACUUCAGCGCUCACAUUUGAGAUAAGAGCAACGGCUUUUCCAGAGCCUAAUCCAAAAGUUAUUGAACUAAACAAGGAUGAAAAUGUUGCACAUGUUUUCCUUGAAGGACUACAUCAUCAAAGACCCAAACGUCAUUUCACAAUAGCAAUUAUUUCAAGUAGCUUGCUACUUGGCCUUAUUUUACUUUUAUUGAUUUCAUAUGUUAUGUGGAAGGUUGGUUUCUUUAAAAGACAGUACAAAUCUAUCCUACAAGAAGAAAACAGAAGAGACAGUUGGAGUUACGUUAACAGCAAAAGCAAUGAUGAUGAUUGAAGACAUCUUUCAAAUUGAGAGGACAACGGACUCAGGUUAACCAAAGAAACUUAAGAUGUUGUUUACAACACUGACUUCUUCUAUGUACUUCUUUUACUCAUGACCUUGUGACAUAUUGGAUCUCCAUGCAAAUGAAAAAUCUACGCAAUGAUUAGUCUUCGAGAGGAAAAUAACUGCAAAGGGAAUAUUUAAUAUAUCCAAAGAGAAUCUUUCAGCUCUUAAAUGGAUAGAAAAACACUAAAGCAUUCAAUUUAUUCAAGGUAAGUAAUCCCUCGAAGAUAUUGCAUCUGAAUUCAAUCAUAUUGAAGAAGUAAACAACUCAUUUGGAGAAGUCUUGGACUUGAAAUAGCAUUCCUUUAAAAGAAAUUAUUUACCAUAUGUGCUUGCUUCAGUAAAAUAAAUUCCAUGGCUAGGUAAUGAUUCAUUUCUAAUAGAUCUUUGAGACUUGUUUGAAAAAUCCUGCUAAAUAUCUUCAGAGAACAUACUUCUAAGAGCUGUUCCUAAAUUUUUGAAUGGAUACAAGAAGACCACUAAUGUUUUAAAAGUGGAUUUUAUCUUUAAACACCUUUAUUUGUAAUACCUUCAUGAUGGGCUCUGAUUUAUUCAGACUAUGUAGGAGGAUUAUGAUCCUGAUUAGCAAACUUCAGAAUGAACUUAUACACUGGUUUGAGCUUAAUAAGAUGACUUCUGAAUAAUUGUUUAUACAGCUAUGGGUUUUUUUUUUCUUUCUGUAUAUAUACAUAAUGUUUUAAAAGAAUAUAUGUUUAUAGAGGUAUAAAUCUGCUAGUCAUCUUAGAACACAUUUUUAUUAAGGGUACCCAGGAGUAAAUUUCUAAAAUCCAUUUUCAGUGAAAUUUUUUUGCUUAUGAAAACAAUACUUAAAAAUUCUAAUUUAUAUUCUGAAACAUUGUGAAUGUUGCACUUUAGCUGAUAUUUCAAAUAUUAAUACACUGAUAUAUGUAAAAUAUGGAAACUGUACCUCACUAAUGACUCUUAAAACCAAAACUCUACAAAGAGCCUGAUUAGAGGCCAGUAUUUCAUAUAAAUUAGAUACUGAGUAAAAUAUUGACUAUCAAAUUAAGCAAAUGCACCUCCUUGCUUAGAUGUUACUCUUUCUCUUCAAAACUAUGUAUUAAAUGUGUUUUUAUCAGGUCUAUAAGAACAUUCUCUUCUGCAUGGAACUAGAGAAACAAAAUUUAGAAAUCUAACUUUACCGAUUUUGCUUGUUUUCAGUGAAUAAAAUGAGCCAUCAAAAUUUCCA